AUGCCAAAUCCCCUUCAUGCAAAAUCGGGUGGCCGGAUGGUGCUAACAGUGCCACUCAUCGUCUUCAUGGACGAUGUCUCAGGGAACAUCUCCAAACAGUGGAACAAGCAUCAUGUUGUAUAUAUGUCAAACACUGCUUUACCUCGUGAGAUGCUGGAGAAGGAGUUUUGUGUGCCCUUUGUCUCAUCCUCACCUCAUGCCACUCCAAUGGAACUCAUGUGCGGCUUCAAGGAAUCUAUCGUUGCUGCAGCGAGCGAUGGAAUAAUCACUUGGGAUUGUAAGUACAAUGAUGAGGUGAUGCUUGCGGAGGUAUGCAGCCAUAGUAGCCUUAAAUGUAACUACUUCUGCAGAACAUGUAAAGUUGGUGGUACGACUGUGGAGAAAAAGUCUGACAAUGGUUACCUCAAAAUUUUCAAGUGUGGUGAACUUCGAACACCUGAAGGCACGAAGAUGGAUAUUUUGAAGCAAAUAGAGCUUUCAAAACUCUCUGGUGGUACAGAGAAGGUCAAGAAUGCUGUCAGCUUGACAGGUACUCGUGAUGCUGCGACAACACACAUGGCUGGAAAACCCAUCAUGUCAGAAGAAGAUGUCCGAAGGCAGCUUGAACAGGAGUUCAAAGACAUGCUUCAUGGAUCGCCCCUUGAAGAUCACCUCAAUCCACUACUUGGUAUGCCUGGUGUCAACAUCCACCAAGACACACCCACGGAGAUUCUUCACACCAUUCUUCUCGGCAUCGUCAAAUAUUUCUGGGGUCAGACUGCUUGGAUACUCGACAAGGGUCAUCUUCUUGACACUUUUGAAGCACGAUUAGAAUCGAUCAACAAGGAUGGCUUGAAUUCCCCAAUGCUUGGUGCAAAUUACAUUUGCCGUUUCAAGGGCAGUCUUAUUGGCAAGCACUUCAAAAGUCUUGCCCAAGUAAUGCCAUAUCUUAUUUAUGAUCUUGUUCCACGAACGGUUCUGAACGGUUGGACGGUGAUCGGCAAACUGGUAGUACUUCUUUGGCACACAUCGAUCGAAAACACAGAGCUUUAUCUUCUCAGGCAAAUCUUUCGCGAAUGA